CACUGUCUAAAAUUGAAUAAAAGAAUUAAAAAAGAAAAAAAAAAACCAUGAACAGGUGCGAAUUCCAGUGGUAUUUUGUAUUGUAUAAAUGGUAGAAAUCUCCAUCUGCAGAGAAAGACCGAGUCGUGGUCGCUGAAAACCAAGCUUCAAUGGAGGAGGAAAGUGGUUUCUCAAUGCUAAACGACGACAUCGUGCUCGCAGUUUUCGCGAAGCUGGAAGACGAUCCACGCCACUGGGCUCGCGUGGCCUGCGUCUGCACAAGAUUCUCUUCUCUCAUUCGCCACUUCUGCUGGAAGACUAAGUGUUCCCAAACCCUCCCUUCACUCCUCUCCGAUUCCCCCGCCACCUGCGCCUCCCUCCUCAAGCUCGCCGUCUGCUGCCCCGGCCUCCGCCACGCCGGCAUCGCCGCUGAUCGGGAUGCCGCAAAAAACCCGAAGACCUGCCGGAAGCCGCAUUUGGCUCGCGGGAAUUGGGAUCUGAGGAGGGAACAGGGCUGCAAGCUUCUGGCGCGACAGUUCCGUGAUGAUUGCUUGUACCUCUGCGACUGGCCUGGCUGCGUCCACCCCCACAAGAAGCGCAAGUACAUGCUCUUCAGAGGGGUUUUCAGGGACUUCAAAACAACCCGCGUUUGGAGAAGCCUCGACGGUGAUAAAAGAAGGAAACUUCCCGUUGAGUGUGCGUUUUGCACGUGCCGACACACCUGGGACCUCCACUCUGCUUUCUGUCUCAGACGAGGUUUCGGGUACCAGAUUGACGGGGAACCUGUUGUUCGAGCUUAUGUUUGUGAAAACGGUCAUGUCUCUGGCGCUUGGACCGAUGUCCCCUUGUUCUCUUGAUUCUCUUGUUUUGCUUUCUUCUGCUCCUGAACAUGCUGUUUUUGUUAUUUCUUCCAAUAGAUACAAAAAUCUUAGAAGACAUAGCUGAAAUUUUAUUAUGGCCAACAAAAUUGGGUCCUUAAUCCCCCUGCUUGUGCGAUUGGGGAUUAUCAUGGCCUUCUGUAUUUGAAUCUUGUGGUUAGACUGAACAAUUAUGUUUGGAGUACUUAGAUCUUAUUAUUGUUUCAAAUUUUGUUACUUUCUCUAACUUCCGUGAUUGGGGGUGGAAAAGGUUUAACUCAGUAAAGUGAGAGAUGUGUUCAGCAUCUUCAUUUUGUUUGGUUUUAUGUACAUCAGAGUUUACACAUUUUGUCUGCGAAUGCGAUCAUGGGUAUUUCAAAA